AUGUAUGAUCCUUGUGGAAAAUGUGAACUUUACGUUUUACAAUGUAUUGAUUUCAUCAGCUUUUGUCUCUUUGAGCAGUUUCAUCAGUAUCAAGUGGUUGGGAGAGCCCUCCCUACAGAGAAAGAUGUGCAACCUAAGAUCUACAGGAUGAAGCUAUGGGCUACUAAUGAAGUCCGUGCCAAGUCCAAGUUCUGGUACUUCCUGAGGAAACUGAAGAAGGUUAAAAAAAGCAACGGACAAAUGCUUGCCAUCAAUGAGAUUUUUGAGAAGAACCCCACUAAGAUCAAGAACUUCGGUAUCUGGCUGCGUUAUCAGAGCCGAACUGGGUACCACAACAUGUACAAGGAGUUCCGUGACACUACGCUUAAUGGUGCAGUGGAGCAGAUGUACACUGAGAUGGCUUCUCGUCAUAGAGUGAGGUUCCCUUGCAUUCAGAUCAUCAAGACCGCUACAGUCCCUGCGAGUCUGUGCAAGAGAGAGAGCACCAAGCAGUUCCAUAACUCCGAGAUCAAGUUCCCUCUUGUUUUCAGGAAGGUUAGGCCACCAACUAGGAAGCUCAAGACUACAUACAAGGCCUCAAAGCCUAACCUUUUCAUGCACGUGAACGAUUCCAAGAACAACGUCUCGCUUCUUGAUCCUAGACCCGUCGGCAUCACAGUCUCUACGUACACUGAACCUGGUUUGUUUCAAAAGGCAGAGAAAUCAGUCACCCGACAUUGCAAGAAACACGUCGUUGAAUCUACGAAUGGGUUCUUUUGGAUCCUAGAAGCAAACAAGAGCUCAAGUUUGCACCGACUCCAAAGUUAA